AUGGAUUUCUUUCGAAUAUUUUCAAAGGAUAGUAAUAGUACAACUUCAACAAGUUCAAUACCUAAUAAAAUAAAUAGUAGUGAUCUCAAUGAUCAUAUAAGAUUGGUUGCAUAUCAGAAUUCAUGUAGUAUAUUGUUUGAUACUUUACAGAUCGAUGCAAUCAAGUUGAAUCAAGGAAAGACUACAGCCAGUGGUGGUACUACUCCUACUACCACACCGCAUUCCAAUGGUACUGCACACAAAUCACCUGCCAAACCAAGGGGUAAAGUAGAGAUGUUGAAAGAAAUGAUGUUUGGUACAGUGCCUUUGAAUAUACAGGGAACAACAACAAAGAUUCAUUAUCUUCCUGAUAGUAACCAGAUGCUUUUGACAAAGUUAUUCACUUUGAACCUUACAAAAGAUGAACCGACAACUACUUCAAACAGUGCACCACAAUCACCUGUAGUUAAUAAUGCUACAUCGCAACAAAAGCAAACAACAACACCAACAACAACUACUACUACAUCAUCAACAACAAGCUCAACAACGACUUCAGCGAAAGAAGAACAACAACAAAGUGGAAUGACACUUUCAUCAUCAGAUUUACCAAGUUACAGCAAUGGCAGUGGCAGUAGCAAUAAUGUCACCGGUGAGAAUAAGAGUAAUUCAACUACUCUACUACCUUCAUCACCUUCAAAGACAACAGAUCACAUACCAUCAUCAACAAAGUCAGCGACACUCACCACCUCAAUGCCAUCUACAUCGAAUAUCGGAGGUGGUGGUGGUGGUGGUAGUGGUGGAAUAACUGGUAGUAAUACGUUGAAUAACAGUACAGGUAGCAGUAAUAAUAUCAACAACAACAACAACAACAACAAUAUUAAUAAUAAUAGAGCUAGAUCAUCAUCGACAUUGGGACGUACGAACAGACCGAUGAUGAUGAUGUCGAGUGCACCCAAAGUCAAAAAAGUGACACUGGCACUCUGUGUCAUAUUCGGACCAAAGAAUCUAGACGAUCUAACAAACACACCACUGCAAAACCAGCAGAGUGCACAGAUGCAACAGAUAUCGAAAUUCCAUCAGUUCAUCAUCACCCACUUUGUACUGAUCGACAUGCGACUACAACCGAUGAUCAAACUUUUAAAGAAUCAAUUAUAUUCGAAAUUUACAACACAAACACAUGGAUCUAUGUCAGCCUAUGGAAUGUCAGAAGUUAAUCAAAUUUAUAAAGAGAUUGAAAAGUUUAGAAAUUAUAUUAAUGAUUUAUAUAGUGUACCCAGAUUAGAAAAACCACUUUGGAUAGAUACAAUAGUUUUUCCAAGUACUAAAAGACAGACCUAUAAGAUAUUGUUAGAGUUACUUAGAGAGUUGAUACCAUCUUUUAAUACACCCAAAUCAAGAUAUUUCCUUUCAAAUUUGAUAACAACAGUAUUAUCUUAUAAUUUGACGUGGAUGAGUAAUAUGCUAUCGACAGACAGCUCUACGAGUUAUAGAUGUUCCUCUGAAAAGUGUAAUAGUUUUAUCAGUUUUGAGAAUCAGUUUCUAAAUCAAAUCUCAGAGAUCUAUGGAUACACAGGUUGUCUGAAUCCCAGAUGUUGUGAGAGCAGUAAAAACAACCGAUCUCACUACCGUAUGGUGAAAUCAAUCGUAAUAGGUGCACCCGAUAUCUCAAAGAAACUACUACAGAUCAUCAGUUACUUUUGGCGGUCUUUCGAGCUGAUAUUGAAUCGUCACAUGCUUGACUAUCGUUCUAAUCUCUACGAUCAAGAUGAACUACACCGUAGUUUCACUCUCCCAACUGAGGCCAGUAGUAGUAGUAGUGGAAACCUGUCUACAUCACCUGCAUCUCCAACCAGAACUCCACACAAUAAUCAACAUCAAUAUCCAACAACACCAAACAGUCAUCAUCAUCAAAAUGGAAAUGGAGUACAACAACACCAUCGUCCCACUGUUAUGUCAACACCAAAUAAACAAACAACUUCAACAACCACAACCACCAGUAUUACUACACCUAGUAAGUCGAUGUCACCUCCAUCAUCAACAUCGACAGCAGACACCAAUCAUUUCCAAUUUGGUUCCGAUGAUCCUAGUUUACCGAGUUACUAUCAUGACCUUUCAAGAUCACUCUUGGGAUCACACACCAACAAGUACGUCAGUGACAUGGCGUUGUUGGCCGUUCCAAAGUAUGACUUUUUCACCAAGAUGAUCGACGACCUCAGACUGUGGAACGAUAACAAUCCAUUCCCAUCGCAUCUAAAAGAAUCUAUUUGUAUCGUUGCCGAUGUUUCAAAGAAUACAUGUGAUGCCAUUUUAGUUAGUAGAGAUCAUAUUAUGAGUGAUACAAAUCCUAUUGUUGUAAAUGGAGUUGCAUAUCCAGAUGUAAAGAUUUUGAAAGGAGUACACUCUGAAUAUAUUAAUCAUGUAUUAACUACAUUGGUUUCAUUUUGGCAGAUUGGAAUGCAUCCAGAAACUUGUAUAAUUUAUUUAGAGGAUAAACUUAGAGAAUUAUUUAUGAAAUCUUUGACCUAUUAUGAAACCAUUAGACUCUAUUCAUCUGCAGGUCGACCCAUACCACCAACUAUCAGCCAACUUUCAACGGGAGUAUCGACACCUUCAACUUCGACCUUUACCACACCGUUGGCCACUCCAUCUACUUCACCUCAUUCUUCUGUGCCAAGUUAUAAUGCAUUAAGAUUACAGAUGACAGGUGAUCAAAUAUUAAUUGAAGGAAUCUAUACUUAUUUGAUGAGUUGCCAUCCAAAGACUUUACCUAAUGAGAAAUCAGCAAAUAAUACAUUAAAUGAUUAG